AUGGCAGUCACUCUGUUCCAAGCCCUUUCGGCCACUGGCCUCAAAGCCUUUGCCUUUUUGCAGGCUCUCCUAUGGUUCCCCGCCGGCGUCUUUCGACAGGCACUCGCACUUCUUUCGGCAGCGGCAUCAUCCCCCCACCGGCCGAGCUCGCCAACUCUUCCCCGUACCUCUGCUCCUGCUGCCGGCUCUCUUGGAAAUUGCAACAACACUGCCGACAACGACCAAGCCGACCUUCAUGCCAACCAAGAUAGCGACGCCGACAACACCGACUUGACAAUGGCUGGGGACUCCUCCUCCUCCUCCUCGCAGCAGCAGCAGCAGACGUUGUCGAAGAAUGCACCUCUCCCCAAGGUCGUCCCGGCCAUGCCAAGGUUCGGCCCGGCCUCGAUGAAGGAGAACGCCCCCGCGGCUUCUGCUGCCAGCCCUGCCGUUACGACCAGCAACCCGGCCGACGAGGUCGCCAACGGCGUUUCCCGCUUGAGCCUCCAAGAGGCUGCUGCUGCUGGCAACCGUGUUCUUUCGGCUUCGGAUGGAAAUGCUGGUGCUGGCUCGACCGCGGCUCCCGCCGAGAAUGGCGGCACUGCGACUCUGAGCAAGGGAAAUUUUGUUCAGUCCAACGGCGGUCUACCUGACAUCUUCGGCGGCGGCGACGAGGCGCUGGCCACUCAGGAGGUGACCCGCGCUCCUGCUGUCCCGUUGACUCACAGCAUCUCGCAGACUAGUAAGCUGAAGGAGAUGCCGCCGCCUACGAUUCAAUUCGGUGACGAGACGCUGCACAUUCUGGAGAAGGAAGAGACACCUGAGCAGGCUGCUGAGAGGGCUGUUCACAGUGGGUUCAUGAGGGAGGCGUUGGAUAUGGCCCGACUUGCCCUCCGAACAAACGAAACACCGGUUGGCUGCGUGCUCGUGCACAACGGACGUGUCAUCGCCCGGGGCAUGAACGCAACCAAUGUCAGCCGUAACGGCACCCGUCACGCCGAGCUCAUGGCCAUCUGUGCCCUGUUGUCCUUCGCAUCCGAGGCCGACACCGAACCUGCCCGUCCUGCCAAGGCCAUCGUCCCUCUCGGCGACAAGACCAACUCCCAGCAGCCGGAAGUCGACGAGGAAGAUGCUCUCUGGGGUGACGUUGACCCCCGUGAUGGGCAUCUCUUUCCCUACGGCCAGAAACUUCACCCGGCUCCGCGUGUUGAUCCCUCGGUCAUCCAGGAAUCUAUUCUCUACGUCACGGUUGAACCCUGCGUCAUGUGCGCGAGCCUGCUGAGGCAGCUCAAGAUCAAGAAGGUUUAUUUUGGAGCGGUCAACGACAAGUUCGGUGGGACGGGGGGUGUUUUCCGGAUCCACAAGAACUCGCCUCACUCGAUGGCGAGCGCGCCGCCUUCGCCCGCGCCGAGGAAUGGGAAGGGACUUGCGAGACCGGUGCUGGAGCGGAGGCCGGUGUCGAGUGCCGACGUCACGACCGACGCGGCGAAGGCUGGAGGAGCGCCUGUGAUGGCAGGACAAGAAAGUCGGGAGGUUUUGAGUCCUGACGAAGAGGUGAAGGGGGGUCCGGACAAUAGUGUGCUCGACCCGAUUGACACGUCGCAUUUGCCGGGGGACGGGGGCAAUGUCGAGCGCGGGUACGAGGCCGAGGGGGGGUGGGGGAGGGAUGAGGCUGUCACGCUGCUGAGGCAGUUUUAUGUGCAGGAGAAUAAUCGAGCUCCUGUCCCGAGAAAGAAGGAAGGCAGGGCUGCGAGGUUGGCGGCUAUGAUGGAGAGGGAUGGCCAUGCUGGGGGACCUAUGAUCGACCCCAACUCUACGGCUCCUCCGCCAGGUGACUGCAAUGGUGGGGCUGAGACGCCCGAAGCUGUGGGGACGCCGAUCAUGGAGACUUGUCCUCUGGCUGGGGAUGAGAAUAAGGAGAAUGAGGUUAUCACGGCUUGA